UUACUAUAAAUAAUUGUUGAUUGAACUCAUAAUUGACUACACUUACACUCUUUGUAUAUGAAGGAUGAAAAUCAAACAUUUUAUCUUCGUGUUCUUUCUUUAUGCGCUAAUUCUUAUCUCUGUUGUGGCAAUUAAUUCUUCCAAAGAUGGAGAACAAUUUGGUGCAACUGAAGAAUUCAAAACAAAAAUUGUGGUAGAUAUGGAUGAAGGUUUGAAAGGAGUUAGUCAUGGUGAAGACCAUGGAGGAGGACACGUCGAUGGAGGUUUGGGAUUUUGGGGAAAUUUGGGAGGGCUAAAAGGUUGGUUUGAAUGGAUGGCAAACGAAGCAAUUUCGGGAAUAGGAGAAAGCCAAGGAGGGUUUGGAGUCAGUUGGGGAGGAGGAGGAAACAUGGGAGGGGGAGGAGGAAACAUGGGAGGAGGAGGAAACAUGGGAGGGGGAGGAGGAAACAUGGGAGGGAGAGGAGGAGGAAACAUGGGAGGGGGAGGAGGAGGAGGAAAUAUGGGAGGUUGGGGGGGAGGAAACAUGGGAGGGAGAGGAGGAGGAAACAUGGGAGGUUGGGGAGGAGGAGAAAAUGAAGUAGCUAUGGGAAGAGGAGAAUAUAGUGGUUAUGGAGGAGGAUGUGGCGGAGGAGAAUAUCAAAUGCCUCAUAUGAGAGGAGGAGAACAAGAAGGCUUUGAAAAUCAAGGGCCCUGGGAAUGUCCAUAACAAAUAGAGAUAUGAAUGCAAGUGUUGCGUCCCAUAAAGUAUGUAUAAGAAAAAUAUGCAAUUUAUCUUACUCCAUGUCUAGUCUUUAUUAGGAUGAACUUUUUUCACUUAAAUUAAAAUAUAUUUUAUUGAUAUUCUUAGAAUGUACUACCAUUUAUAUUAUCACAUAUAAGAAGUGCCACCGUUUUAUGUCA